AUGUCCUCUCCCGUUCCAUCAUCCCCUCCAGAUGAUACUAACGAUACAACCACCCCGAAUGACACGUUAUCGCAGACACAGAGACCGAACGCGGUUCCUUCGUCGCCACUUUUCAUGCCCCCAUCCAGUGAUUCUGGUGCACCUCCGUCAUCUCAAGUUGGUUCUGGAGAAGUUCUCAAUCAUCCGGAAGCAGGACCUUCCGCUCCGAUCUCCAGCUCCCUUGGAGUGUCAUCCCCACUUGCUCAUGGUACUAGUGAAUUGUUUGCGUCUAGCUCUUCUAGACCUGCAACUUCUGCAGAUGAAGGUACAAGAAGACGUCAUCAAAGUAGAGGAGAUAUUCAUUCUUCAGAUUUUUUUUCUUCUCCUAUGAAACGCCGAUUUUUCACUGAAAACAACUCCUCUCCAAGGAAAGGCGACCUUUCAUCAUCAUCAUUACCUUCUUCUGCUCCUCCUUCAUCCUUACCAGGUUCUGACAUUGGUAAUUUAACAUCCAACACUCUACAGCCUCAUGUUUCAUCUUCUGGUACUGCCACUUCGACAUCGCAUGCUCCAGAUGAACCAGUUAGAGUUAUCUGGGGUACCAACGUCUCUAUUCAGGAAUGUUCAGACAACUUCAGAACGUUCUUGAUGUCUUUCAAGUUGAAAUAUAGGAAAUUGAUGGACAAUCUAGUUGAAGCCCCUACUGAGGAUGACAAACUUUACUAUGUAGACAUGCUCAACAUGAUGAAAGAAACCGGCUCUACAAACUUGAAUCUUGAUUGCAGAAACCUAUUGGCUUAUCCAUCCACCAAAAAGCUCUACUAUCAAUUGAUCAACUAUCCUCAAGAGGUAGUUCCUAUCAUGGAUCAGACAAUCAAAGAUUGUCUUGUUUCAUUUGUUCUUGAUGCUGCUCCUGCUGAAAUGCCCGGUGCUUCUACAACUGCCAAUAAAGAUGCACUUGUCGAUCAGAUCGAGUCGAAUGUCUACAAAGUUCGUCCCCAUAACAUCGAGAACCACAAGGGAAUGAGAGAGUUGAAUCCAGGUGAUAUCGAUAAACUCGUUUCUGUCAAAGGACUUGUCAUUAGAGCAACACCUAUCAUUCCUGAUAUGAAGGUUGCUUUUUUCAAAUGUAACGUCUGUGAUCAUACUGUCGUUGUUGAAAAUGAUCGUGGCUUGAUCCAGGAACCUACAAAGUGCCCGAGACCUAUUUGUGGGGCUACCAACUCGAUGCAAUUGAUUCAUAACCGAUCCUCGUUUGCCAACAAGCAGGUUAUUAAGCUUCAGGAAACACCUGAUUUGGUGCCCGAUGGUCAGACACCCCAUUCUGUCUCUCUUUGUGUCUACGACGAGCUCGUUGAUACCUGUCGUGCCGGUGACCGUGUGGAUGUUUGCGGUAUCUUUAAGUCUUCUCCAGUGAAGGUCAAUCCUCGUCAACGAGCUUUAAGAACCCUUUAUAAGACUUAUGUUGAUGUCGUUCAUAUCAAGAAGACAGACGCUAGAAGAUUGUCUCCUGAUAAUACCACAUUGGAAAACGAGCUUAAGGAACAACAGGAAGUAAACGAAACAAGACAAAUAUCUGAAAAAGAGAUAAAAAAGAUUAAACAAGUAUCCGAACGAGACGACCUUUACGAAUUACUUGCUCGCUCCCUUGCCCCAUCUAUCUACGAAAUGGAUGAUGUGAAAAAAGGAAUAUUGCUUCAACUAUUUGGAGGUAACAACCGAGAGUCUGAAAAAUUGGGACGUACCAGAGGUGAUAUCAAUAUUCUUCUCUGUGGUGAUCCGUCUACUUCCAAGUCCCAAUUACUCCAGUAUGUGCAUAAGAUUGCGCCCCGUGGAAUAUAUACUUCCGGUAAGGGUUCUUCUGCCGUUGGUUUAACUGCCUAUAUCACAAGAGAUGUUGAUACACAUCAAUUGGUUUUGGAAAGUGGUGCGUUGGUGCUCUCAGACGGUGGUGUGUGCUGUAUUGACGAAUUUGAUAAAAUGAGCGACUCUACAAGGUCCGUUUUGCACGAAGUUAUGGAGCAACAGACUAUUUCUAUCGCUAAAGCUGGUAUCAUCACAACAUUAAAUGCCAGAGCUUCGAUUCUUGCCUCUGCCAACCCUAUUGACUCUAGAUACAACCCAAAUCUUCCUGUCACCAAGAACAUCGAUCUACCCCCAACUCUUCUAUCAAGGUUUGAUUUGGUCUACCUUAUUUUGGAUAAAGUGGAUGAGAAGAUCGACGGUCAAUUGGCUCGUCACAUUGCGGGAAUGUAUCUUGAAGAUACUCUUGCUAGUGCCACUAAGAGCGAGUUGCUCAGCGCCGAUUUCCUCACAGCAUACAUCCAGUAUGCCAAAGAACAAUAUAAGCCUAUUCUCAACGAGGAAGCCAAAAAUGAACUUGUGAGAUCUUAUGUAGAGAUGAGAAAGCUUGGUGAAGAUGCGCGUAGUGCUGAAAAGAGAAUAACUGCCACGACUAGACAACUCGAGAGCUUGAUCCGUCUAUCGGAGGCUCAUUCCAAGAUGCGUUUGUCUGAGACAGUGGAGCUUUCGGACGUUCAGGAAGCAGUCAGAUUAAUGAGAUCUGCUCUUAAAGACUAUGCUACUGAUCCACUUACCGGUAGAAUUGAUAUGGAUCUUGUUCAAACAGGACAGACAUCAGCCGAUAGGAAGAUGAAGGAGGAUUUGACUCACCAAGUGGCUGAGAUCAUCAGUAGCGAGGGAUCCAUCAACUACAAUACUCUACUAAACAAAAUUAACGAGCAGAGCUCUUCUAACGUGGAAAACUACGAUCUCGGAGAGUCAAUCAAAAGACUUGAAGCAGACGGACAGGUCGUCACUUUUGGAAAGGGACACAGAAGGGAGAUUCGUGCCAAUCGGUCAGGACUAGUGUGA